UCAUCGAUCUCUAACCCUAAAAAUCCAGUCUCCAUCUCCAGUGAACUCCAUUGUUCUCUAACACUAAAUCUACUAAUCCCUCGUUCACUUUCUACAGCUUUUGCAUCGGCCAAAACCCCUUUGAAAGAUUUCUCGACAAGCUGAUUUGAGAAUAAUGGCAGAGACUAGUAAACCAUUGAUCGGUCUUAAAUGGGAACCAAAGCUUCCAGGCUUAUCCUUAGACUUGAAAACUGCUGGUUCCACUUCAAGCAAAAGAGCUGAAAGCACUUCUCUCUGGACGUCUAACUCAGAGCUUGUUGAUGGUCUUUGUCUUCCACCUACUGAUCCAAAAAAGAUUAACAAGAUGAUUAGAAAACAACUCAAAGACACUACUGGUUCAGACUGGUUUGAUAUGCCUGCUCCGACAAUGACUCCUGAGUUGAAAAGAGAUCUUCAGUUGCUUAAGUUGAGAACUGUAAUGGAUCCUGCUCAACACUACAAGAAGGCUGUUACGCGGUCAAAAAUAGCUGAGAAAUAUUUCCAGAUUGGCACAGUAAUUGAACCAUCUGCAGAGUACCAUAAUAGAUUGACAAAGAAGAAUAGAAAAGCAACUCUUGCUGAUGAGUUGCUGUCAGAUCCCAAAGCUUCUCAGUACAGGAAGCGUAAAGUUAAGGAGAUUGAGGAGAAGAGUAGAGCUGUUACGAAUAAGAAAUGGAAGAAAAAGGGAAACCAAUCCAAGAACACAAAGCAAAGAAGGAACUGAGUUACUUUUGUUAGAGUGUAUGAUCAUAGUUUUGGGACACAUUUGUCUAUUUUGAUCAUUAGUAUUGGACACACUUUCUUGUGGUGGUGCUAUAGAUUCACCUUACGGUUGUAACGACUCUUGUUGUCUAUGAGCUUCGCUUAAAAAGGAUUUGUGUUCUUAUUGGUUACAGCUUUUGAUAAGUGAGAAUAACAUUGAAACU